AGUAAUUAUAUAUAUAUAUUGAUGUGCUUUUUAUCAGGCAGUUCAUCGAUGACAAUGGACGAUGAGCAAGUUAUUGAGUUCGAGUAUUUGGAUGAUAUGAUCUUGGAGUAUCUUUUUAAUCAUGAAGAACUACGCAAGAUCAAGAAUUUCAAGAAAGAUUGGCUGAGUAAAUUGUCUUUCCGGCGCCCGUCGUCGAAAAGAGAGCUGUGGGCAUUUUGGAGUGAGCCGACUCUCUCUCCUUGCAGUGGUGGUAGUAUUACGGAUUCGGCAACUCACACACCCACCACAAAUCAACCCAUCAUUACAGACAUCAUCAAAUCUGCCCUUCUACACUUCCAUCGAAGUUGUUAUGAUGAUGUUCGACUUCUUAUACAGUUUUGGGCACCCAUCACAACAGAAACAGGGUGUGUCCAGCUUGUUACUUCAGAUCAACCUUUUGCUCUUACUUAUCGUCUUGAUGAAGGACUUCUUAAGUAUAGGAAGCAGUGUUUGCAAUACAAAUUUAAUGUGGAUGGGGAUGGGGAAGAAGUAGAAGGCCUUGGAAUCCCUGGCCGUGUUUUCCGCCAAAAAUGGCACAAGUAUCUACCAGAUGAGCGACAUUACUCUACCAAAGAGUACCCACAGCGUGAUUUUGCUCUAGCUUGCCAUAUUUCGAAAUCUUUUUGUUUUCCGUUGUUUCAAACCUCUUUCCAGGAAUGCGUUGGAGUACUUGAGUUUGCUGCAACUAACAUUAUCAGUUUAUACUCGACGUGUAAUUCGUUUAUCAAGCUUGCGGGUCUGAAAACUUCUUGGUGUGAUGGAUAUGAUUGUAUUAGUAAGGGUUUAGAUACAGAUGAUCAUCCAGAUAUAUGGGAUGAAAUCGAAGAAGGGUUGGAAGUGGUGUGCAAAACUCACGACUUACCUUUGGCUAACACAUGGAUUCCGUGCGGGCAUUUCAAUGGCUUGGCCUUUGAUGGCAAUUUGGAUAAUAGCUAUGAUACGUUUGAUGUAAGCUGUAUGGGACCAGCCUUUCACUAUGUAUGUGACGCAUCUUGUAUUCUAGAUGGUGAGCUGAAUGAUUUCUUUGAUGACUGGAAUGAUUUUCAAAGGGGGCAUGGAGUUGUUGGGAGUGCAUAUCAGUCACAUAAACCGUGUUUCUGCAAAGAUAUAACUCAAUUCAGCAUUACCGAAUACCCCUCCCUGCCCUUUCCACACGCUUUUGGCUUAACAGGUUGUUUCGCAAUUUGUUUGCAAAGUAUUUUUUCCGACAAUUAUGAUUAUAUCAUAAUAGAGUUUUUUUUGAAUCCUAAAAACACAUAUGGUGAAGACCCAACUACCUUCUUGUGCCCAAUAUUAGAAACAAUGAAACAACAUUUCCCAAACUUUAAGCUUGCUUCUGGAGAAGAACUCAGGAAGGAAUUAUCCAUUGAAGUUAUUAAGCCUCGCAUGAAUCAGGAGCCUACUUCUUUUCAAUGCCAAAGAACUUCAUCUCCAUCUAAUAGGCCUGGUGCCUUACAAAAUGGACAAGAGAUGAUGCAGCCACAUUCAUCAAAUCAACAGCCAAUAGUUGAAGUUGAUGAUCUCAACAAUGACUGGCAUGUUGUUGAUGCGGAGCAAAACAAUGGACAAGAGCAAAAUAACGUUCCCAUUACUCGUCCAGAUGAGGCAUGCAUGAAUCACGAACCUGAUUUUUCUCAAUGCCAAAGUUCUAUAUCUCCGCCUAGGCUUGAAGUCUCACAUAAUGGGCAAGAGACGACGUGGCCAGAUCCACCACAUCAGCAACUAACAUAUGAAGUUGAAGUUGAUGAUAUCAACGAUGGAAGGAAUGUCAAUGCAAAUUCAAUCACUUAUGAGAAGCUCGAAAAACAUUUUGGGAAGAAACUUGAAUAUGUUGCACAGAUUUUUGGUGUGAGCCGAUCUACAUUUAAGCGUAUGUGCCGAGACAAUAAAAUUAAUCGCUGGCCGCGGAGCAAGAGAAAAAAGGUUGAAGGCUCUCCCUCUAGACGAGAACCUCCAUGUUCUGAUUUGCCUACUACGAAACUCGUGACACAUCACAUGACUCCGCUUGUAAGACCACCACCAGAGGCAAGGACGAUGACUAUAAAGGCAACCUAUGCAGAUGAUCUGAUAAAGUUUCAAUUACCUUUUUCGUCAUCAAUGGUGGACUUAGAAGAGGAAGUUUCCAAGAGGUUGAAGUUCCAUGUUGGAACUUACAAGAUCAAAUAUACAGAUGAUGAUGGUGAUCGGGUCUUAAUAGCCUGCGACAAGGAUUUGCAAGAUUGUAUGAAUGCUUCUAAUUCAUUGGGCACGAAUACAAUCAAAAUGUUCAUUGAGCCAAUUAAUAGAAUAUCUCCUUUAGCCUAACUAGUUAUGUAUGUAAGUUCCUAACUAUGUGUUGAUACAAAGUAAUCAAAUUGUUCUUCAGUA